UUUAACCUAAUGCUCAUUUCGGCCAUCGUCUGCUGGAAAAACUUGACUGGAGCUUCGAAGUAAGUAACCUUUUUCUUCUACUCAAAGUUAUUGGUGCUUUUGUCAAUUUCAAUCUUUAUGAAUGAUUAAUCUCGGAGGAAGAUGAAAACAGAGAGAUACGACGCCAACAUCUCCUUCCCUAGUUUGCAUAGUUUUUCAGAAACUAAUGGAGUUUGUUGGUUACUGCUCUAUAUUGUGCAUAAUGAUCAACCCUUAGAAUUCCUUAAGAUUUGUGAGAAAACAAUCUUUAUGAGCUUUGUGUUCAUAUAUCAAUUCCUUUAUUGAGAAUGAAUCGAGCAUUGCAGCCAAAACAUGUAGCUGCUGUUAUAAGAUAUCAAAAUGAUCCCCUUAAAGCACUCAAAAUGUUCAACCAAGUGAAAACAGAAGAUGGUUUCAAGCACACAUUGGCAACCUAUAAGUGCAUGAUUGAGAAGCUUGGGCUUCAUGGAGAGUUUGAAGCCAUGGAGGAUGUGCUUGCUGAAAUGAGGAAGAAUAUCGACAAUAAAAUGCUUGAAGGAGUUUAUAUUGGAAUUAUGAGGGACUAUGGAAGGAAAGGAAAGAUUCAAGAAGCUGUGAAUGUGUUCGAAAGGAUGGAUUUUUAUGACUGUGUGCCAUCGGUUCAAUCAUAUAAUGUAAUCAUGAACAUUUUAGUUGACUACGGGUAUUUCAAUCAAGCUCACAAAGUGUAUAUGAGGAUGAAAGAUAUUGGAAUUCUUCCCGAUGUUUAUACUCACACAAUUAGGAUAAAGUCUUUUUGUAGAACUGGUAGGCCGAGUGCUGCUCUAAGGCUGCUUAAUAACAUGCCUGGCCAGGGAUGUGAAUUCAAUGCUGUUUCAUAUUGUGCUGUGAUCGGUGGCUAUUAUGAAGAGAACUGCCAAAUUGAGGCGUAUCAUUUGUUCCACGAAAUGCUCCAGCAAGGUAUUUGUCCUGAUAUUUUAACAUUUAAUAAGCUCAUCCAUGUUCUUUGUAAGAAGGGUAAUGUUCAAGAAAGUGAAAAACUCUUCAACAAGGUCCUGAAGAGGGGAGUGUGCCCAAAUCUGUUCACAUUCAAUAUCUUCAUUCAGGGUCUUUGUAGAAAAGGUGCAAUAGAUGAGGCUGCUAGAUUGUUGGAGAGUAUCAUAUCAGAAGGUCUAACUCCCGAUGUAGUUUCGUAUAACACACUAAUUUGUGGCUUCUGUAAACAUUCGAAGCUAGUAGAAGCAGAGUGUUAUUUGCGUAAAAUGGUGAAUAAUGGGUUUGAGCCCAAUGAAUUUACCUAUAAUACAAUUAUUGAUGGAUUUUGCAAGAUGGGUAUGAUGCAAAAUGCAGAUAAAAUUCUCCAUGAUGCAAUGUUUAAGGGGUUCGUGCCUGAUGAAUUCACCUAUAGCUCUUUAAUUAAUGGAUUAUGCGAUGAUGGAGAUAUGAACCGAGCCAUGGCUGUAUUUAAUGAGGCAAUGGAAAAAGGAUUUAAGCAUAGCAUUAUUCUCUAUAAUACACUAGUAAAAGGGUUGUCCCAGCAGGGACUUGUUUUGCAGGCCUUGCAGCUGAUGAAAGAUAUGCUGGAGCAUGGUUGUGGCCCUGAUAUUUGGACUUACAAUCUAGUUGUGAAUGCGCUGUGCAAGAUGGGUUGUCUAUCUGAUGCCAGUGAAUUUCUGAACGAUGCAAUUGCCAAAGGUUGUAUUCCUGAUAUAUUUACCUUUAAUACAUUGAUUGAUGGUUACUGUAAACACCUUAACUUGGACAAAGCCAUUGAGACUUUAGACACAAUGUUGAGUCAUGGUAUAACUCCUGAUGUGAUUACAUAUAACACGCUCUUAAAUGGCCUUUGCAAGGCAAAAAAGCUAAACAGUGUGGUGGACACUUUUAAAGCGAUGCUCGAGAAGGGGUGUAUACCGAACAUAAUUACAUACAACAUAUUGAUUGAAAGUUUUUGUAAAGCUCGAAAAGUUGGUGAAGCAAUGGACUGGUUUGAGGAGAUGAAAACUAGAGGCUUGACCCCAGAUAUUGUUACCCUUUGCACCUUGAUUUGUGGGUUAUGCAGUAAUGGAGAGCUGGAGAAAGCUUAUCAGCUAUUUGUGACAAUAGAAAAAGAAUACAAAUUCUCAUAUUCAACGGCUAUAUUCAACAUUAUGAUCAAUGCCUUUUGUGAAAAGUUAAAUGUCAGUAUGGCAGAGAGGCUCUUUCAUAAGAUGGGUGGCUGUGGCUGUGCUCCAGACAGUUACACCUAUCGUGUCAUGAUAGAUACAUACUGCAAAACAGGGAACAUUGACCCUGCACAAACUUUUCUACUGGAAAAGAUCAAUAAAGGAUUGGUUCCAUCAUUUACAAUCUGUGGAAGGGUUCUGAACUGUCUUUGUGUGAAGCACAGAUUAGGUGAGGCAGUGGGUAUUAUAAACCUUAUGGUGCAGAAUGGCAUUGUUCCGGAAGAAGUGAACUCAAUUUUUGAAGCUGACAAGAAGGAAGUAGCUGCACCUAAAAUUGUUGUGGAGCAUCUAAUGAAGAAGUCCCAUAUCACAUACUAUAGUUAUGAACUGUUAUAUGAUGGAAUUCGGGAUAGAAAGUUGGAUAAGAAAAAGUUGUUGGACAAGAAAAAGUUCAAGAGAAGCCCUUCCCUAGUCCAGGAAAGGGGCAUUUGCCUCCAUAGGAGUGAAGAAACAGAACCAGUUUCAUUCAGUGAGCUGAUCAGAGAGAGAGAGAGGCAAAGAAGAAGACGAGAUAUGGGAGAGGAAAGCUCAUUGGUGCUUCAUGGAAUGUGGGCUAGUCCUUUCGGGAAAAGGGUGGAAUUUGCCCUUAAAAUCAAAGGCAUCCCUUUCGAAUAUGUGGAAGAAGAUCUGCAGAACAAGAACCCAUCAACCCUCCUGAAAUACAACCCUGUUUACAAGAAAGCCCCCGUGCUUGUCCACAAUGGCAACCCCAUUUCCGAAUCACUUGUGAUUCUCGAGUACAUAGAAGAAACGUGGAAAAAUCAUGGCCCUGCCCUUCUGCCUCAAGAUCCCUACGAACGAGCCCAGCUUCGGUUCUGGGCUGAUUUCAUUAACAAACAGUUGUUCGAGGCAUCGGUUAAGGUAGUGAUGGCGGCAGGGGAAGCACUAGAGAAGGCGAUUAAAGACUUGAGAGAGAAGCUCAAAGUGGUUGAAGAGCAUGGGGUUAAGAGGCUAUUGGGAGAUGGAAGUGGACCAUUUGCGAACGGACAGGAAGUGGGGUUUGUGGACAUAGUAAUGUGGUCUGUUCUUGGAGCUUACAAGAUCCACGAAGAGAUCUUGGGGGUCAAAAUUAUAGACGAAGAGGAGACCCCCGGCGUGGCCUCAUGGCUCAACUCCCUCAUACACCAUCCUCUUACCAAGGACAUCUUACCUUCAAAGGACAAGGUUGUGGGGCUUCUUCAAGUGGUGCUUCAUGGGAUGUGGGCGAGCCCUUUUGCGAAGAGGGUCGAACUCGCCCUCAAAAUCAAAGGCAUCCCUUUUGAGUAUGUGGAGGAAGAUAUCCAGAACAAAAGCCCAGAGCUUGCUAAGCUCAAUCCUGUUUACAAGAAAGUUCCUGUACUCGUCCACAAUGGAAGACCCAUUUGCGAAUCCGUUGUAAUUAUGGAAUACAUAGAUGAAGUUUGGAAGAACAAUGGGCCUCCCCUUCUACCUCAAGAUCCCUACAGACGAUCCCAGAUUCGAUUCUGGGCUGAUUUCGUUCAGAAACAGGUGUUUGAGGGUUUCUUCUUAUCAAUGACGACUGAAUGGGAAGCACAGGAGAAAGCCAUUAAGGAAGUGAAAGAGAAGUUGAAAGUUCUUGAAGAACAGGGGUUGAAGAGUUUGCUGGCGGAGGCAGAGGGCAGUCCAUUUGUGAACGGCGACGAACUUGGAUUCUUGGACAUAGUGACGCUGACAGUACUUGGAAUGUACGAGAUUCACGAAGAGUUUUUUGGAAUGAAACUUGUUGAAGAAGAGAAGAUCCCAAUUAUGUACUCGUGGUUGAACAGGUUGAAGGAGCACCCAGUUGCAAAGGAGGCAGGGGCUCCCAAGGAAAAGGUUUUGGCGCUUCUUCAGUUCAUCAGAAAUGACAUGGUUGCUAAAUUCCGGGUUAGAAUGAAUAGCAGAGAAGUUCACUGCCUUGCGUUAUUAAGCAAAUGCAGAUCUCUUAGAACCUUGAAGCAAAUCCACGCUUUUACGUUCAAAACAGGCUUAAAUUCCGACCCAUUAGUCGCCGGCAAGCUUCUUCUUCAUUGUGCAGUUACACUUCCUGAUUCUGUUCGCUACGCUGGACGCCUCUUCCUUGACAUUCGAAAUCCAGAUGUGUUCAUGUACAACACACUCAUCCGUGGACUUUCCGAUUCUGACACCCCCUCUCAUGCCCUUCUACUGUUUGUUGAAAUGCGUCGCAAAUCCAUGGCUUUACCCGAUAGUUUCACUUUUGCUUUUGUGCUCAAAGCUGCCGCUAAUUGCAGGGCUCUCAGAAAUGGGUUGCAAUUGCAUCGCCAAGCUAUUGGUUAUGGUCUGGAUACCCAUCUUUUUGUUGGGACGACACUGAUCAGCAUGUAUGCUGAAUGUGCAAGCUUGGCCUUUGCACGGCAGGUGUUUGAUGAAAUGAUUGAACCAAAUAUUGUUGCUUGGAAUGCCAUUGUUGCUGCGUGUUUUAGGUGCGAGGACGUUAAGAAUGCAGAGCAAGUGUUCCAUCGGAUGCCCAUAAAAAACUUAACCUCGUGGAACAUCAUGCUUGCAGGGUACACAAAAGCAGGUGAGCUUCGGCUAGCCAGGGAGGUGUUUAUGAAAAUGCCUUUGAAAGAUGAAGUUUCGUGGAGUAGUAUGAUUGUUGGGUUCGCUCAUAAUGGCAGCUUUAACAACGCUUUCGCAUUUUUCAGGGAGUUGCGGCAGGACGGGAUGAGACCAAAUGAGGUAAGCCUCACAGGUGCGCUUUCUGCAUGUGCACAAGCUGGGGCAUUCGAGUUUGGAAGAAUCCUACAUGGGUUUGUUGAAAAAUCUGGCUUUCUGCAGAUUGUUUCAGUGAGUAAUGCACUGAUCGAUACUUACUCUAAAUGUGGGAAUUUGGAUAUGGCUCGUUUGAUCUUUGAUAAUAUGCUGGAAAGGAGUGUUGUCUCUUGGACAGCCAUGAUUACAGGGCUCGCAAUGCAUGGCUACGGGGAGGAAGCAAUCAGAUUAUUUAAUGAGAUGGAAGAGUCUAAUAUUAAGCCCGACGGUAUCACCUUUAUAUCCAUCUUGUAUGCUUGUAGCCAUGCUGGAUUGGUUGAUUUGGGAUGUUCUUAUUUUUCAAGGAUGGUAAAUAUUUACGGUAUUGAACCCGUAAUUGAACAUUAUGGUUGCAUAGUUGAUCUUUAUGGUCGAGCUGGUAAGCUGCAGCAAGCUUUUGACUUUGUAUCUCAAAUGCCAGUUUCACCGAAUGAUAUUGUCUGGAGGACACUUCUUGGAGCUUGUAGCAUUCAUGGUAACUUAGAACUGGCAGGGCAAGUAAAGAGGCGACUCUUCGAACUCGACCCCGAAAACUCUGGAGAUCAUGUUCUUUUGUCAAACAUUUAUGCAGUUGCGGGGAAAUGGAAGGAUGUUGCCACUUUAAGAAGAUCAAUGACUCACCAGAAACUUAAGAAAACUCCUGGUUGGAGCAUGAUUGAAGUCGAUAGAAUCAUGUAUAGUUUUGUUGCAGGAGAGAAGCAAAAUGACAUAGCAGAAGAGGCACAUCAAAAACUAAGGGAGAUAAUGUCGAGGAUGAGAAUAGAAGGAGUUUAUGUUCCAGAAGUUGGAAGUGUAUUGCAUGAUAUAGAAGUGGAAGAAAAGGAAGACUCUGUUUCACAGCACAGUGAGAAGCUAGCAGUUGCUUUUGGGAUGGUGAGGCUGCCAAGAGGAAGAGGCAUAAGAGUGGUGAAGAAUUUAAGAAUUUGCAGGGACUGUCACACUGUGAUGAAGCUGAUUUCUAAGGUGUAUGAAGUAGAAAUUGUGGUGAGAGAUAGAAGUCGGUUCCACUCUUUCACACAUGGUUCAUGUUCGUGCAGAGACUACUGGUAAUUAGUUAAGUAAACUAGAGUUGAAAUUAGCAUCCUAUACUAGAAGGGAAAGCCUGCAAAUAAGCUGAUAUCAAAAUCAAGCCAGAAAAUGGAUAACCUGCUUCAUCAACGGAAUUGCAACACAUCACUGGUCCGUGCAAAAGUUAGCAAGCCCAAAGAAUAUUGUUGAGUAAUAUAUCCUUUUUUGGAAUGUUACAAUCCUAUAGUGCAGAAGGGGAGGUACUAAAUAUAAAUUCUGGCCUCUAACUUUGGUAGAGUAGGUGAUCAUUAGAGAUUGUCAUACUGUGUUGUAGGUUUACGAAUGUUGAUCAUUGAAAUUGAAAGGCAAUAGGUUAAGAUAUUAGUCUUAUAUGCAUGCAACCAUGUGGUUCUACUUAGCGAUAGGUCUUGUUGGUAUUGCUACUCGUUUCUACUUUUCAACAUUUUCCGCUCCCAUAAUUUGUUUAUCUUCUAGCCUGCCAUCUUGUCAUUUCUUGUGGUAAUUACCCACCUUCUAUAAUCUGCUUGUGCCUGGACUCUCGUAUAUACAUCCUCUCAAAAUAGUUCCUCUUUUAGAUUUUGCAUUUCAACAAUAUUUUCAGUUCAAAACUAACAUUUUCUAGUAUCAAAUCAAAAAGAGGUACUACUUGCAUCAGGAGUUGGUGUGUGCUGUGCUAGGGUUUCAUCUUAUGCUGGUUGAAUGCAGAUGAAGGCAUAAGUUUGUGAUCCACAAUUCACACCUCUUUCCAAACAUCAAACCAUCCACUAUAGAGAGAACUGAGAAGGCCCUAAUAUUUUCCUUAUUGUUCCUCUUGUGAAGUGCUGAGGGUGGCAGAUGGGCUGGUGGAUUAAAGCUUUGGUUAAAAGACCUCGGGUUACGCGUAGACUGUGUCACGGUCAUGCUUGUCCAAGGCGUGUUGUCCAUUGCCGCUUUUUCGUAUGAUGCCAAAACUCUUGUCUUGUAUUGCUUUUAUCG